GAUGAGAGAACCUUUGCUGAAGGUUCCCACGCUCACGGGUUAGAUCACUCAUCCUCUUGGCAGGAUCAUAGUUGCUUCCUGUCUAGUCCACGAUUUUCACACUUCAACUCCUUGUCAGCAUUUACCAAACGAACUGUUGCUCCAGAUUCAGCUUCAAUCAAGGAAGAUGUCUCAAAUUUACCAAUGAAUGGAACAAGUCCACAAUCCAAGAAGGAUGAAUAUGAGAGCAAAAAAAGCAAAAUGAACAUACUGGAUUUCUAAACAUAAGAAUGUUGGUUUCCCUUUCAGGAGAAUAGUGAAAACAAUAUAUAAUGUGAUGACCUCUGCAUUUCAUCAUGUA